UCCACUAUGGAACCAAAGAAUUACAGCACUAUUAGAAGCAUUCUAAAGAAAGCUCAAGGAGAAAAAAUUGCCCCUUAUGUUUUCAAAAUCAAUGAUACCCAAAUGCUCCAGCAAUAUCUAGAUAAGGAAAAAAUUACUUAUGAAAUUUACCAAGAAGAAAGGAAAAUUAUAACUACUAAACGAACAUUAAUACCAACACAGAAUGAACCAAGAAAGAAACGAAAACUAGAAACAUAA